AUGACACCUUCAACGUCGUAUCUUCGCCUAACCAGACUCAAUGACGACAACAAGGAAAAGCAUGACGUUCUCCGCCGUGUUGUGUCCUUAGAAGCAGCUUCUUACCCUCUUGAGGAAGGGGCGACGGAAUCGAUGCUUCGCUUCCGACUCGAAAACGCACAUCCCUUCUUCUUACUUGCCUAUUUGUCACCUACAAGUGAAAACUCUGAACUUCUCGUUGGGUUUGUCACUGGUACAUUGACAACUAGAACCGCAUUAGAUGAAGCGUCAAUGACUGGCCAUGAGCCCAAUGGAUCCGUGCUGUGUAUCCACUCGGUAGUUAUCGAUCCAGCAUUUCGUCGGAUGGGGUUGGGAACCCGAAUGGUUCAGCAGUACACUGCAACGAUGUGGGAAUCGCAGGUGCAAGUCAAGCGUAUCCUACUGCUAGCAAAAGCGCCUCUCAUCCAGUUCUACGUGACCUGUGGGUUCAUCGUGAAGAGCCUGUCACCAAUUGUGCACGGACAAGAUCCGUGGUUCGAGCUAGAGCUUGACUGCGAAGCGGCGCGACGACCAGUGAUUCUUCAGAUCGAUGCGUUCACGAGUGAAGCUUUUCAUGGCAUCCCGGUAGCUGUCGUGUUGUUAUCGUCUACUGCCUACCACAAGGAUGGGGCAUCAACGUGGAUGCAAAGGGUAGCAAUGGAGACGACCGUGAGCGACACAGCUUUCGUUGCUCCUGUCAACGACAGCUUCAAGACGAAGGAAGGUGUUGUCGAGUAUCAUCUGCGAUCGUUCACCCCAGGACUAGAAGUCGAGCGAAACGGCCAUGCCACGUUAUCAGCGGCACUCGCUUUGCUCGAUUUGAAACGUGUGACCACGAGUCAAACGCUGUGUUUCCACACGUCCAGUAACCUCCUGGUCUGUCGCUUUGAGACGCAGCGAGAUACGCAGCGAGAUACGCACCGAGUUCUGGUAAUGAUGAACUUCCCAGAGGUCUCUCUCAACAUCACGGAUUCAACUCCUUCGGACUGGAAACACGUGGCGUCAGCUUUGAAUGUCUCGCCAAGCGACAUCGUUGAUAUCAAGCACGUGACAACAGACCUCUUAGUCCACGUCACUCCAGAGACUUUCGUCACGCUCGCACCCGACUUGAAGCAGCUGGAUCAGCUCGACCUUCGAUGCCUUACCGUGACAGCCAACGUGCCGCAAGACAAUCCGUCAUCAGGUGGCGAAGGUGGUGAUAUCUACAGCCGAAGCUUUGCUCCUCAAGCCUCGAAAGCCACUCAAGACUGUACAAGUACCCGAGCUUCCCAAGCUCUAGGUUCAUACUGGACAUCGAAACUCACCAAGACAAGGAUCAAGGUCCAGCACGUGUCGUCUACAAUUCAUCCACGAUCCAUUACGUUCGCCUUGUUGUCGCCGCCAGGAGAAUCAAAGCAAGAGAUGCUCAUCCAAGCGGAAGGUAUUGUCAUGCGACGGGGGACCUUAGCGUCGUCUCCGUAA